AUGACUGUGAAGGAUUAUCCAGAGAAUCAACCGGAAAAUAGUGAUAGCAUUUCAAGUGAUAAAGAAGGGAACAAGACUCAAUUGAAAAGCAACAAUCCCUUUUCACAAUCAGAUUCGUCAUCGUUAUCGCCGUCAUCAUCUUCAGAGAAUGUCAAACCAGCAUUCAAUUAUACCUUGAUUCCUUCAGAGAAAUUGAUUGAAUAUCCAUUUAAAUCACUUAAUAGAAUUAUAGAUGACAUUAAAUAUACCACUGUUUAUAAGAAGAAAUGGCCAAACCUGUUGAGUUUCAGUCUUGUUAAUUCCAUUCCAAUUACUUAUUCGAGUGAUUUAUCUCAAUUACUUAGUUCAUCCAAUACAUAUAGAGAUUUCGAGCUUUUAACAUUGAAUAAUCAUCUUGAUUAUGCUCCUUCUUUUGAGGAAAUUGAAUUGAAGGAAAGUGAUCAAAUUUUAAAGAAUAUUAGGGGUUUAUUGGUUAAUAGAUCUUUGAAUGAAAUUAAUCAUGUGAAAUUCACAAUACUUGAACGCAAACCUAGUCAAUAUAUCUAUCAAAAUAUCGAUAAGCAUGAAUAUCAUUUAAUUCCGAAAUCUUUAAUCUCAAAUGAUGAUUUGAAAUCUUUGAAUGAUGAAUCUAUCACCUCAUUUAAUUUGAUCGAUGAUGCUUUCUUCAAAAGUAUGAAUAGUAAUAAUAAUCAUAUUUUAAGAGUUUCUAUUUAUAAUGCAGAAUUUGAAAUCGAUGAUUUGAAAUCUAUAAUAGAUCAAGAAUCAAUAAAAAAUAGAUAUUUAAAAGGUAUCGAACGUAAUCCAGACUCAAAUUUAUCAAAAGAUUUAAUACCAAGUCCAAUUCAUUGUUUUCAAACUCUUAUAAAGGUGUUGAAAGGUCCAAUAAAUUUACCGCCUAAUCGUCAAAUUCAAACAAUUAGUUUGAAAAAUACAAACUUGGAUGCUAAAAUUGAUAUUGAUUUAUUAUUUAAUAAACUUUCUUUCACUACGAAUGAUGACGAGUUGGUUCCUCCUUCUUUAACUACUAAUCCAUCUUUAAGAGAAUCUUAUAUCCGUAAAAUAAUGGAAAUCAUUUAUAUUGCUAAAAAACUUAAACUUCAAAAUCAAUUGAAUGAUUUUGAUACAACUUAUUCUUUUAGUGAUAACUGUUCAUUGAUUUUUAGAACUUUUGGUGAAGUUGAUAAGCAUAUAAGUAUGACCUAUAUCAACAAGAAUAACUCGAAUCAAUUACCAUUUUUUACUAAUUUGAGUUGUUGUAGUUAUUUCCAAGAUGAAAUUAUUAUAAGAUGUUUUGAAAAUACUAUAAGAUCUGACCCAGUUAACUCACCUCAUUAUGUUGAUUCCUUGAAAAAUAUUAUUCAAUUUAAUUCAAAUCAGCAUCCAAGUAAAUUAAGAGCAUAUUAUAAUAACUUAUCUUCAAGAGGUGAAUUAGUUGGUUAUAGUGAUUACAUGGACGCUUUGAAAAGUAUUGGUAUUCAAUUAACUGGUCCAAAUGUUGAAGUUGAUGAUGAUUUUAUCGUAGCAAUGUAUUUCACUGCUUACAAAAAUGAUAGUAAAAAUUAUUUUUACUAUAAUAAAAACUUGAGGAUGAUUGCAAAUAUAAGAAAGAGUCAAUUUUUAUUCAAAUUCUUAGAUAAUGAAAUAAUUCCAAUUGGGCUUGCAUUAGAUGAAUUGGGGGUUGAAUUAAUUACUGAAGAUGAAGUUGUUAUAACUGCUUUUGAAUUUAGACUCGAUGAGCUCUUACAGGCAAGUAAUUUCAAAAUUAGUGGGGAAGUAUCAUUCUUAUAUAAAUGUUUACUUUCAGUUGCCGUUAAAAGAAAAAGUUACAUUUUGAUGCAUUACAUUGAGACUAAAUAUCCAAAUAUAAUAGGCCCUAAUUAUUCUAUCAAUUUCAAAGAUGCUUGUGAGAAAUUAAAUUGUGAAAUCUCCACUAGUGAUUUUGAAGUGAUAUCCAAGUUUCAAGAAAAAUUAGCUGUUUCUCAAGUAAGCGAUACUUACAGUUCUGGUGAUGAACAUAAAGAUGAUAUCAGAAGCUUAAGGCAAGCCUUGAAAAGUGUCGCUCAAGCCAAGGAUUCGAAGAUUUUGUUUAGUUUUUUAAAUUCAGGUAAAAUCGAUUCUUCGCUAUUACCAGCUGAAAAUUGGCCAUCUGGAUUAGAUAAUAUUGGUAACACUUGUUACUUAAACUCAUUACUACAAUACUACUUCUGUAUCAAACCUUUGAGGGAUUUGAUAUUAAACUUUAAUGAAUUGGAUGUUGAUUUCUCAAAAUACAAAAAUCGUAAAAUUGGAGGACGGGAAGUUGAAGAAUCCGAAAUUAAAAGAUCAAUUCAAUUCAUUUAUCAUUUGAAACAAUUAUUUAAUGAGAUGAUUCAUACCAAUAAAAGAUGUGUUCAGCCAAGUAAAGAAUUGGCUUACUUAUCUUUUUUACCAUUAUCACAACCAGUUGCUUUCAAAACUAACAAAGAAAUACAAGCCGAGAUAGAAAGUGCUGAAUUAGGAGCGCGUAGUUCACAAAGUUCUGAUGUGGUUGAAGUCCUUGAAGAUACUCCUCAAGAAGGGGAAGCCAAUAGCAAGGACCAACCAAUUCUUAUUUCUUCCCAAUCUCCGGAUCCUGGUGAUGGGGAUGUUUCAAUGGCCGAAGACCCCAAACCCAAACCUGCGUCAAGUGAUGAAAUGUUGAUUGAUCUUGGAGAUGAUGAACUAAAAACUGAAGGCCCAGUUGAAGAUGAAAAUCAUCCCGAGGCUGGAAAAGAAGAAAUAGUUGAAGAGAAAGAAACUGAGCCCCAGAUCUUACAAAUUAGUACCGACCAAAUGGAAAGCACUAUAGAAGUUGGAAGACAACAAGAUGUUACUGAGUGUAUUGAAAAUGUUACAUUUCAAAUUGAAACUGCAUUAGAACCACUAUUUAUUGAAGAAGAUGGCGAACAAUUUGACCUUAUCAAAAAAUUAUUUUACGGGAAGACCAAACAAACUAUCAAACCAAUGGAGAAUGAAAACGGAUCUAAUAAAUUAAGAGAGUCAGCAGAAAGAUUUUUCAGUUUAAUCAUCAAUGUUAGUGAUCAUCCGAAGGACAUAUAUGAUUCCUUGGAUAACUAUUUCAAUGAAGAUGUUGUGAGCUUGGAAGAAGGAUUGGUGAAGAAAACUCUCACUAUUAAGGAAUUACCGGAAGUUUUACAAUUCCAUGUACAAAGAGUUUUAUUUGAUAGAGAAAAACUUAUUGCAUACAAAUCAUUAGAGCCGAUCCCUUUCAGUGAACAGAUUUAUCUUGACAGAUACUUGGAUACCGAGGACGAGGAAAUAUUAAACAAAAAACAAGAAGUGUUCAAAUGGAAAUCAGAGAUAAGUUCAUUAUAUGAGAAACGAGAUGACAUAUUGAAGCUAGAUCCCGAAACCAAUUUAUCUAUAAUUGAUUCCUUAAUUGCCACCAAAAAAUUCCUUGAAGCCAAGAUAAUAAACCAUGAAUCAUUAAGUAUCAAAGCAGAAACUAUUCUUGCCAUUCAAGAUCAAAUCGACAGCUUGAAAGAUGAACUUCAAUCAAUCCAUGAUCGUUUGACCAUCUUACAAGAACAAACAUCUAAUCAAUUCAAAGCCUACACUAAAAUUGGCUACUCCAUCUUUGCGAUAUUUAUCCAUAGAGGUGAAGCCAGCUAUGGUCAUUACUGGGUUUAUAUCAAAGACCCUCAUAGAAAUAUAUAUAGAAAGUAUAACGAUGAAAUUGUCACUGAAGUUCCAGCAUCUGAGGUUCUCAACUUUACUGAAGGAAAUACCGCUACUCCCUAUUACAUUGUGUACGUCAAGGACAGUUUGAAAAAAGACUAUGUUGAACCACUCAAACGAGUCAUUAACAAAUGUUAA